GCUGCUGCAUAGCGGAGUUAGGGAAGAGAGGGAAGGAAGUCCCUGGUGCAAAAAAAAAUUAUGUGUUUUGGAUAAAAUACACAUUUUGACUGUUCACUUGAUCUUAGUCUGACAUGAGAAGAGUCACACUGUUUGUCAACGGAACCUGCACAAAUGGAAAGGUGGUGGCCGUGUACGGUUCCAUGGAGGAUUUACUGUCCGUGGCCAGUUCAAAACUGGGAAUAAGAGCCUCUAGUGUUUAUAACGGGAACGGCGGCCUCAUAGACGACAUAACACUGAUCAGAGAUGACGAUGUGCUGUACAUAUCAGAGGGCGAUUCGUUUGGAGAUCCUCAGGAACACUUCAGAAGUCCUGAAAAGAGACAGGCUCACACUGACUGGCUGACGCUCAACGUCGGUGGACGCUGCUUCACCACCACAAGGAGCACGCUGGUCAGUAAAGAGCCUGAGAGCAUGUUGGCCCACAUGUUCAGAGGGAAAGAUGUGUGGGGGAACAAGCAGGACUCUCAGGGUACCUACCUGAUAGAUCGCAGUCCAGACUACUUUGAGCCCAUUCUGAAUUACCUGAGGCACGGGCAGCUCAUUAUCAAUGAAGGCAUCAACCCCCUGGGUGUGUUGGAAGAGGCUCGUUUCUUUGGUAUCCAACAGCUCGCUGAACAGUUGGAGGCCCUCAUAAAGUCCUCUCAGCCUCCUGAUGACCAUUCCCCUCUGACCCGUAAAGAGUUUGUCAGAUUCCUGUUGGCCACGACGACCAAGUCAGAGCUGCGCUGUCAGGGCCUGAACUUUAACGGUGCCGACCUCUCUCGUCUGGAUCUGCGCUACAUCAACUUUAAGAUGGCCAGUCUGAGAGGAGCCAACCUGACCCACGCCAACCUGAGCGGGGCAAACCUGGAGAGAGCAGACCUGUCCCUGGCCUGUCUCGAUGGCGCCAACCUGCAGGGGGUGAAGAUGCUGUGCACCAAUGCUGAGGGAGCGUCACUGAGAGGCUGUAACUUUGAGGAUCCUGCUGGAGUCAAAGCCAAUCUGGAGGGAGCCAAUCUGAAAGGUGUGGACAUGGAGGGAAGUCAGAUGACGGGGAUCAACCUGAGGGUGGCCACGCUGAAAAACGCCAAACUGAAGAACUGCAAUCUGAGGGGAGCUACGCUGGCCGGGACGGACCUGGAGAACUGUGACUUAUCGGGAUGCGACCUUCAGGAGGCCAACCUGAGAGGCUCCAAUGUGAAGGGAGCCAUCUUUGAGGAGAUGCUGACUCCUCUACACAUGUCUCAGAGUGUGCGCUGAGGCACAGACGCUCCCAGAGAAAUUACCCUCAGUUCUACGUUUCAUGGUCCACGAGUGAGACGGGACAUUUUGAUGUUCACAAACGUGCUGGUAAAUUAUUUUUAUAUAUUGUUUUCUCUGUUAGUCUGUUAUCUCAUUAGAUGAAGUGACAAGAAAACUCUUUAAUGAGAAAACAAUGGAAGAAACUCAGGCUCCCUCCGUCAGGACACAGGCAGAGCACACAGAUUGGCAUUAUGGACAGUUAGAAAGAACAUUAUGGAUUAAAAUAGUUGUUCUGUUGCAUUUGUUUACAGCCAUACUGACUUCACAUUAUAUUUAAUCUGAUGAUUUGACUGCUCAGAUGUCUGAGUUUUCCACCAGCACCUAGACUGAACGCUUCAGAGGACACGAAAAGACAGUGUAACACAGAAGUAACUGUCUGUGAAUAAAAUCUUACAAAUGUCUUUAGGCAGUCACAUGCACCAGAAGUAAAUGUCAUCAGAUUAAUGUCAGAAUACUGACGUUAAUUCAAGUUGAUCUUGAAAUGUUUGUGAACUUUAUUUCCUACCGUGAUAACACGCUUUGUGAAUCAGGAAACACAUUUAUCUGCCUCUGAUGCCAAAUUUUACAUUUUGCUCUGAACCAAACUCCAACAAGUGAUUUUCUACACUUGUUUUUUGCAUCCAUCAAAACCAGGAGCAGCUUUUAUCACUUCCCUGUGUCUUUGUGGACAGAAAAUGAUUUUGUUCAUUUGCCAGUUCUAGUUGAAUGUAGUUUUGGAUUGUUUAAAAAAAGUGUCUAACACAGGUGUAUGAUAUUCAUGAAACCUGUUGAGCAGUUUAAUUUUACCUGAAUCACUGCACUGUGGAGGAAAUGAGCUGCUGUACAGGUCUGUUUCCACGUCUGCAGCACCGAAUGCUUCUUCAGCUCCAGGCUCAAUAUAGCCUGUGAUUUAAAUACCCAACGAGAAAAUGUACGCUGGAACAAUCUACAUCUUUGUAACGGUGGUAGAUGUUGACAGGACCAAAUGUUGAGACUGAUGAGAUUUAGUUUUUAAACAAUCACAGUUCAGUUUCUAAAAACUGUUAUGAAUGUUCUUAUUUCACGACCAAAGUAAAAGUACGAGUUUUUAAACAGUAUAGUGUAUUUCAUAGAGUCACACCUUUUUUGUGCUCACUGGUACAUUAAAAAAAAAAAAAUUUCUUGAUCAGCAUAAAAUACGAUUGCAGGUUUUGCAGGAUGAUUUGUUGACCAGGUAAUAAUUUGACACAGGUGUCCUGUUUUCUCAGAAGGCGGAGGUAGCACUGUGGGAAACGGGACAUAUGAGACCAGUAUAUGUGUAUUUGAUCAAGCUCCACCUCCGUCACUGACCGAUCACUGACCGGUGGACGGAACUGUCCUUUUGGUUUGUCCUGCUGGUGGUCUUAAUUAUUUGGUGAUAUAUAAGAAAAUGUGUAAAACAAAAACUGUUGGAGAUAUUUUAAAAUAUGUCAAAAAAUAUCCUGACCAUCAUGCUGAUAGUUGUUAUUAAACAGCUGUUUUAUACACUUGAUGUUUAGUUUCUACUGUGCUAACAGAAAUGUGUAUUUUAGUAAAUGUCAGAUUCUACUGAAUGUGGUGAAUGUAUGUUUUAGACAUCGCUGAUUCAGCACCUACGAGUUGUUGCACGUUUAAACCAGGGUGAAAUGUGAAACCACAGAGGUGCUGACCGUGAACCGUCUGUCUUCUCUGCUGUGGUUGUUUUACAGCCAUAAAUAAAUAGUAAAUGUUUUUCCUUAA